AUGUCCAAGUUUCCUGAAGUUCAAGGGGGAGGCUCAUUGAUUUUGGCCUGGCAGAUCAGGGAGAAACAUGUCCUAGUAGUAGGAGGUGGCGAGGUCGCCGCGGGGCGCAUCCUGCACGCUCUUAACGCCGAUGCUCGCGUCACCGUUGUCUCGCCGUCCGCCGGAUUGAAUGAAGAAGUCGCCUAUCGUGUUGCUGAGAAACAAGUCGCCCAUGUCGAUCGGAAUUUCGAACCUUCCGACCUAGAUAAUGCGGACAUGGUGCUGUGCGCCAUUGAUGACCCAGAAGCAUCGACACAAGUGUGGAAGUUAUGCAAGGAAAAGAAGAUUCCAGCCAAUAUUGCAGAUGUUCCCCCCGAGUGUGACUUUUAUUUUGGAAGCAUGCAUCGGGAUGGACCUCUUCAAAUUAUGGUAAGCACAAAUGGCAAUGGUCCAAGAUUGGCCAGCCUGGUGCGUAAGAAGAUCGCAGCCACCUUGCCAUCCAACAUGGGAGCUGCAAUCGUGAAUGUUGGAAAGCUACGAAAGAAGCUCCGGGAAGUGGCCCCUAACCAGGAGGAAGGGCCAAAGAGAAUGAAAUGGAUGUCGGCCGUUUGUGAGUCAUGGAGUCUGGACGACUUGGUUGAAAUGACCGAACACGAUAUGGAUGGAUUACUAUCUCAAUACCAGCCAGGAAAUGUGCCCACCCUCCAGGAAGUGCGCAAUUGA